AUGGAACGUGAAGAUGUAACAAGACGUUUUUCAGUUGUAAGUAAAUUAGCUCAUUAUAGUUCAAAGUUUAAACUCGAUGAUAAUGGACAAUAUUCAAUGCCACCACCACAUAAGCAAUCUCCAGUACAUUCAAGAAAUGAUCAACGCCGUUCAAUUGUAUAUGCAACAUUGAACACUACUACAGCAUCAAAGACAACCGGUGGAGGUGUCGCUCAUACACGCGGUGAUCAAGCAUUAAGACCAAUAGAAAAUAGAAAAUCUCGUUAUUCUCCUUUAUGGCCAGAAUGGAACGAAGCUGAUGUUAAUGCUGAAUCAUGGGAUAUUGGAAGUGGAAAAAAGAAAGAUGCAGGAACAAGUAAAGCUCGUGUUGAUGUAAAAUCAGCUAGUUCAGCUGGUACACAUGGUUUUGAAGAUCCUGAAGGUAAAGUCGAACUUCCUCCAACACUUAAAGUCGAUCAAUGGAAAAGACCAAUCGAUUUUUUACCAUCCGAUAAAGCUCCAGUAAUUGUUGAUCCUGAUCUUGGCAUGCUAAAUUUUGAUUUAGUCACACCAAAUGAACAUUUACAUUAUAGUGAAACAAUGCGUAAUAUUAUUGGUCAGAUUACAGCAUUAUGGGAUAUUUGUCGACAAGAACGAAAAACUUCUAAUACAACACCAGAAUAUACAACAGAAACAAAUCCAGCUGUUUUAAGUGGACGAACAUGGCGUCCUUGGGAACAUAUAUAUGCAUUGAAUAAAGUAUCAAGACAACCAUUUAUCACUCCAUAUAAUCCCGCAGGCAAAUAUGUUGUUCGACUUUUCUUUUUGGGUACUUGGCGAAAGAUUAUUGUAGAUGAUAUAAUACCAUUUGAUUCUAAAAAUCGAUGUCUUCUACCACAAACAUCAUUAUCAUAUGAACUUUGGCCUAUGCUUUUAUCAAAAGCUUUAUUAAAAAUAAUUGUUCUUGAUUUUCGUUCAUCCAGUACAUAUUCUGAAUACAAUGAAACAAGUAUUAUUCAUUUACUUACUGGUUGGCUACCAGAACCUAUUCCACUUAAAUAUACUCAUGCUACAAAAGUAUGGGAUUUUCUUCGUAAUGAUCGUUCAAAUAGACUUGUAACUGAAAAUGAUAGUGGAAUAAAUAAAACAGAACAACAACCGUCAAGUCCAUUGCCAGUUUUUGGACCUGUACCAUUAUUUAAAUGGCCUGAUACAAAAAGUGAUUCAUCUGACGAAUCACUUUUAUUAAAUGAUCAAUCAGGUCAUCCAGAUGAUAUUGGAACAGAAAGUAUGACCAAAAAAUCUGAUGAUAAAAGUGCAAAAAAAGGUGGUGCACCAGCUAGCUUAGCAGCAUCGAAAGAUGCAGGUGCAAAAUCAGCAACAGGAAAAGAAACUCGAACUGGUGGUGGUCCAAUUGCUGGUGCAAGUAAAGAUGCUAAAAAACUAGGCGGUGUUGGUCGAGGAGUUACAGCAGAUGAUCAAGGAACUCUUGUUGAUGAUCAAACAAUACCUGAGGCACCAAAAAUGAUCGUAUUUGCUACUAUACCUCAUUUAGAACCAACACGUAUUAGUUCUUAUGGUGAAACAGCAGAUAGAAGUGAACGAUUAAGACGUUAUAAUUUAAAUGAUACAUUUUCAACAUCAAUGUACCUUACUUGUAUUCGAGAUCUUCCAUUAGAACCACCGCCACCGCCUGAAUAUGUACCUGCAUGGAAACUUAUUCGGCCAAAGAAACCAAAAGUCUUACCACAUGCUGAACCAGUUGUUCCUCAAGAACCAAAACCUGAUCGUUGGAUUGAAAUAGCUUCUCCUUAUAUUAAUUAUCCAAGUGCAAGUACUCUUAAUAUAAAACCAACGAUUCGACUUCAUCCGAUUGAUAAUCAUUUCACGAAUGUACAUACACCAGCUCCUGGUGUAACAUCACGUUUAAGCCAUUCAGCAACACAGUCAACUGCAGCUGAUGUACCCGAAAUAAUCGAAGUUGAUGAAGAAGGAGAUAUUGAAAGUGGUGAAUCUAAACCUGAAAUUGAUAUUGAUGUUAUUCAAGAUGAAUUAAUGUCACCUAAUAAAGAGCCAAAUGCAUUUGGUACGCCAGAAACACCUGAUGAAUCUGUACGUGGUCCAGGAAGUAGACUUAAACGUGAAAAAUCAGCUGAUAAAAGCAAAAUAAAUCGAAAAUUAGCUGGUAGUAAAUUGGAUAUGGCUGGUACAAAACUAUCAUCAGAUGCUGUCUCUGUUAAAAGUCGAGGUGCUGAAAGUGAACAAAAUUUGACACCACUAGAUACUCAUGGAACUAUAAAUAAUAUAGAACAUCAAGAUUCUCAAUCUAAAAUAAAUGAUGCUCAUUCACAUUCAAAUAUAAUUCAACCAAUUAAAAAAUCUUAUAUAACACCAAAAAUAUGGAUGGAUUUUGAUGAUUUUUGUUCAUGUUUUACAUCAAUUGUUGUUUAUCAUAAUCCUCGUGGUUAUCCACAUACAGAUAAACGUACAGAUAUUAAGCCAAGUGUUGCAUCUGCAAUAAAAGACAAGAAAAAAGAAUCAAAUCAACCUGUAACUCAACAAUUACCAAAUUUACAAGAUGAGAAAUCACCAUUAUAUUUAUUUGUUGAUAGUACACGUGAAAGAUUAGAUAAAAAUAUUGAAUUAAUUGUUGGUUUAACAUCUUUGUCACGAUGGCUUGAAUCUGGUUCAACAGAAGGUGUAAGUUCAUUGGGUGCAACGCUGCCAACAACAAAUGAAAAAGUUGGUCGAGGUGCAGGUGUAUCAACUGAUAAAACAUCUACAGAAAUUAGUCCAAUAAGAGGCGCAGGAGGUAGACGACGAACAAGUACUAUGGAUACACUUCCACAAACACCAGGUCCACAUGUUAGUUUACAAGAUGGAAGUAUUGUUGAAAUGUCACAAAAAGAAAUUAUACCACAACCAAGUUCACUUAUUGCUGAGAUUUAUUCUUGGAAAUCACCUUCAAUGGGUCAACCUAUUCUUCGUCUUCAUACAACAACUACUAAAGCAUCUUUUCUCUCAUUACCACCGGGACGACAUGUAUUAAAAUUUAGUGUUACAUGUCCAUUAGGUUAUCAUCUUCAAGUUAUGUCUGAUACGAAUGAGCUUAUACUUGGUGAUGAAGAUCAAUUAUUAUCUAAAAUUAUUUCAGUACCGGAAGAUGCUGAAUUUAUAACAUGUGCUGAAGAAUUAUUUCAUGCAUUUGAUGAUGCUGUACAAAAUUUUAAUGAUAUGGAUCAACAAGAUGUUAAACUUAAUGAAUUAUUUCGUUCAUAUUGUGAAUAUGCAGCACCAUACUUUAAUCUUACUAUUCAAACAUGUUGGAAUGUAUUUAAUCAAGCACUUUAUUCAACUUUACGUAUAAUAUGUAAUGGAUAUGGACAACCGCUUAAUGCAGAAACUCAAUUUGCUUGGAGAUGUUUUACAAAUGAUUUGAUAACACCAGAUAUAAUGGGUGUGUAUGAAGCAAGAAGACCUAGUACUUCAGGUGUCAGUCGUAAUUCAGCACGAGCUAGUAAUGCACCAGGUGCAGGUGGAACUGCUACUGCCACAACAGGAGCACCAGCUACGAGUAAAAAAGGUGGUGGUGGUGGUGGUGGAGGAGGAAAGGAUAAAAGUACUGAUGAUAAAGCUGCAAGCAAACAACCUGCACAAUUAAAUACUUCAUUAUCCACGGCAGAAUUUCAAGAAGAAUCAAUACCUGAUUGGCUUAGUCAUGAUUUAUCAAUAAAUGAAAUGGAAUCUAUUAUAAAUAUUCAAAAAGUUGCUCGAGGAUUUUUACAACGACGUUUAUUACUUGCUCGUACACCUGGUACAGAAAAAAAUUUUCUUACACAACGAGCAUUACAAUCAACAAUGACAAUACUCAAAGCUGAAGCACCGAAAUCAGCUUUAACUCUUUUCCGCACACAACAAUUAAUACAAUGUUUUCCAUUUGGUAAGGAUGAUUGGAAUAUGGUUUCACACAAAGAUUAUGGUGGACAAUAUCCAGAACAACCAGCAAAUACUUGGUUUACUAUAUUUCGAGAAAUUUUUUAUGUUACUGAAGAAGGCUUUGUUUCUGGUAAAUUUCUUGCUCAUGUACAAAAUUCAUUAUUACGUGUUAUUAAUAAUGAUACAUAUGAUGAAAUGACACUUGUCUUUAAUCGAUUAGCACCAUCAAUGUUUACAAAAAAUAAAUUUGGUUAUACAUUUUUUGCUGAAGGAAUAUCAUUUGAUCAACCAAUACCAACUGGUCGUUUUCGUCUACGUCUAUUAACAUCUUAUACACAUUUACCUGAACCACGUGUUGUUGAUCAAAUAACAUCAUCAUUUAUAACAAAAGAAAUUAAAGAUUAUUAUGUUCCAAAUAAACAACAAACUAUAUGCAGAUAUCGUGUAACUGUUGCUGAUGAUGUCAAUCAAACUGGUCGUAAUUUUCACUUAGCUAGUAUUCAAUUUAGUACAUCAAAAUCUGAUGUUUUAAUACGUUUAACUAUAUUAAAUAAUAACGAUGAAGUUGUUAGUGUUGAAGGCAAAGGCAGUGUUGUUUUACCUGCAUUUUUAUUUAUGCGAGAUGUUACUAAUGUAGCAAGUAAUAUCGCACAAGCACUGCCACUAACUCAACCAUUGUCAAGACCACCAUCAAAAACAGGUGGAACAACUAAAAAAGAUUCUAAUAAGCCUGCUGCUGGUAAUACACAUCGAGGAAGUGUUGUUGAAUCAUCAACU